AGUCAAAGAUUCUGAGAAGUCUUUUCGCUUCGUUCAAAUCGUUGACAUUGACAGCAAUUCCACAUGUACAUGUAGGUGUGUAGUGCUUGGCAUUGUUAUCUUCGGUGUUGUGCUUUCAGUGGAGCAGCCGUAGUGAAGCCUGGCUUGGGAACACUGUACAGAAGCGUGCACUAUUACGAAGUCCUGUUUUUUAUUUAUUAGAAUGGCAGCUUGAUCACAUUUCUUGGUAGUAGAAGAAGAUAGCAACCCCAAACGAGAAGGCAGUUAUGAAUGUGCCCCGUGCUUGAUAGUUUGGCUGCGUCAUAUCACGCGAAAUGGCUUUCCAGCAUGUGCAAACUGUGUACGCCGGCGGGGCUGGCCCGUUUUCCACCACUGCCGUUACAUUCGACCCUCUGGAGGAGUUAGUUUGGACAGCGAACACAGGAGGUUACAUUUCAUCACACCACAGUACUGAACUGGCAAAGUAUUCAUCUUAUGCGACCACUCAUGAACCAGUGGCUGGCUUGGCAGCUCUGGCAUCAGGAAUCCUCUCCGUGGGUAGCAAUGCUGUUCGUCUGCACAGUCGGCAGGGUGUUUGCCACUAUACUGUCAAGAAUGAAAACUUUGAGCACUUGGUUUGUCUAACUGAGUCUCAAAGUGGUUCAGCAGCAUGGGUUAGCGGUGGACAGAGCAUUUCAGCCCUGGAUAUCCCCACCGGGACUAUCACUAACACGGGAGCGUGUUCAAGUGAUCAUAUCGUUCUCCGCAACAACCAGGAUCGCUUCAUCUGCGCUGGAACUAGCUCUGGCAAGGUGAUACUGCAUGACCCGUCCAGUCUGCGGGUCGUGCACAGUAUGGAUCCGCACGGCGGAACCAUCAAUGACAUUGAUGUUGCUGGCAACACUCUAGUGACCUGUGGCUGGUCCCAGCGCGCUAUGGAACGUCAUCUGAUGGUUUACGACUUGAGAAUGCUCAAGAGUAUGGUGCCUUAUCAGCUUCCCAUCGCUCCAUGUGUGGUUCGAUUUGUGCCUGCGUACUCCACCAGCUUACUAGCUCUUGAUCAGACUGGUACUUUUCUGGUAUGUAAUCCGAAUGGUGCAUCGUCAGUGGAUGCAAUGGCACAAUAUGAGCUGCCCCUGGAUUCUCAAGUUGCGUACUAUACAGCUGCGUUCUCAUCCAACUCGCACUACCUUGCUUUUGGAGAUACGAGUGGCUCCAUUCACCUGUGGGCAGACGCUGCAGAUCAGCAAUUCAACAACUACUCGCGGCCGUGUGUUAUGGCUGAUGAGCGUCCUGAAUUACCUGCAAUAGACAGCAACAGCCUGUCCACACCCUUCUCAGCAGUACCCAUGCCCUGGGUCAAUGGGCCGUUGCUAUCCGACAUGCCCGAGGAGACGUAUGAAUACCGUCCUCGCUGAAACUGAAUUUCUUAAACUGAUUCCGAAGUGCUAUCGGCCCGUGAAACUACGCUAUUCAAGAUUGGGGCUUGCUGACUUUGAUUUCAAGCAGUACAACCACACAAGCUUCUCUGGCUUGGAGAUCAACAUUCCCAACGCCUACUGUAACUCUAUGUUGCAGGUGUUCUACUUCUUGGAGCCUCUGAAGAUCUCGAUGCAGAACCACUUCUGUGAGAAAAAUGCGUGUUUGGCUUGUGAGCUUGGUUUUCUCUUCAACAUGCUGGAUGUUAGCAAAAGCGAGCCUUGUCAGGCCAGUAACUUCUUGCGUGCCUUCCGUUGCUUACCCGAAGCCGGAGCUAUGGGAUUGCUGUUCAAGAAGGAUGUGGACGCAUCCACACAACUCAGCGAGAUCAUCCAGCGUUGGAGUCGCUUUGUUCUGCAACAGCUAGUGAAUGACACGGAGCCACGACAGCCGGAGUCAAUGCAGUUUCCUCCCCUGCCGCAGCGGGCCUCCAUAGUCAACAAGCUCUUCACUGCAGCGUUCCAAACCUACAUCACGUGCAAGGAGUGUGGGAGUGAGGAGAACAAACCUUACACCACACUGCAGUGGUCAGUCACCUAUCCACGUGCUCGCCUAGAUGACCCUAGUGCAAGCAGUUCUAGCACAAGCGGCACCAGCAGUCGACCAGUGCCGCGAACGUUCAGUGAGGUGCUAUGCGGCAGCAUACUGCGGGAGCAAGCCACACAAUCAUUCUGUCAGACGUGCAAGAAACAUCAGCCAUCGAGGCAAAUACGUACCCUACGACGCAUGCCCCACGUAUUGUGCAUCAACUGCCAGGCUGAUAGCCCUUCGGAGCAGGAAUUCUGGAGACAACAACAGCAGCUGGUUCUCGAGGAGUUGGAGACGAAUAGAGGGACAGCAGGUCCUCACGGUCAGCAGUUACUAUGGAAAUCAUGGCUACCGACGUCACUGCGUAUCUCUCAGAAAGGCGAUGAUCUUCGCGUUGAAGACUGCAGCACAUUGGAUGGUCCGCAGGAUCAGCGAUUUCAGUCUCCAAAGUCCGAUAUCUACUAUGACCUGAUCUCGUCAGUUGCAUACGUCAAGGACACUCAGUCACCUGGAGCGCUAGUAGCACAUGUCAAAGUCUCCUCUAACUACCAUCGCAAGAAAGAGAAUGUUGACCAGACCCAGUGGUAUAUCUUCAAUGACUUUGCCGUCAACCCUGUAGCACAGGACUCUGCCGUUGACUUUGCUGAUGCGUGGAAAGUGCCCUGUGUUCUCUUUUAUGCGCGGCGUGACUUGAAUCACCUCUACGAUCUAUCAGUACGACAACAUCAAAACCCCAAUGUCCUGGUAGCAGCAUUGCCCCGGGCUAACCCAGCACUGUCUCAAGUAGUGCCUCCAGUGCGUGUUUUGCAAGUAGAUGAGCUGCCACAACGACGUGCUCUCUUUGGCCUCGACGCAGAGUUCGUUGUGCUCAAUCAAGAAGAAGCAGAGCUUGCUAUUGAUGGCACCAAGACCACUAUCAAACCUAGCUGCUUGAGCUUGGCGAGAAUAACGGCAGUCAGAGGUGGGAACAAGUUACAUGGUGUUCCGUUUAUUGAUGAUCACAUUGCUACGACAGAACCGGUUGUGGAUUACCUCACGAAAUACUCUGGCAUCAAACCGGGUGACCUUGAUCCAAACGUCUCCAGUAAGCAUCUGGUCACAUUGAAGCAGGCCUAUCGCAAGUUGAAGUUCCUGGUCGAUUGUGGUGUGUGCUUUGUGGGGCACGGAUUGAAAAGUGACUUCCGCGUCAUCAACAUGCUUAUACCUGCAGAACAGGUACUGGACACGGUGGAGCUCUUCCACUUGCCUAACCAGCGCUAUAUAUCACUCAAAUUCUUGGCAUGGUUCUUCUUAAAUGUCCACAUCCAGCUUGUGGUGCACGAUAGUAUCGAGGAUGCACUGACCGCCGUCACUCUCUACCGACGCUACGUGCACCUUCGUCGCCAGAACCAACUGACCGACGCCAUAAAGAAGCUGUACGAGGCCGGCCGCAAGCACAACUGGCAGGUACCGCCGGUAAAGCCAUAGGUACCCAGUGCACAGACUGCACAAGUACCCCGUGCACAGAGCACACAGGUACCCAGUGCACGGAGCACACAGGAGACUCCACAGGUGCCCAGUGCACAGACUACACAGGCACCCCGUGCACAGACUGCACAGGAGACUCCACAGGUACCCAGUGCACAAACUCCACAGGAGACUCCACAGGUACCCCGUCCCCGUGCACGGACUCCACAGGUACCCAAUGCACAGAGUCCACGGUGCAAUGUGCAGUGCAUACCCGUUGCCAUGCCAAGCCCUGCCGUACCUGCUGAGCCGUGCUUUGUUGUACUUGCUGUGCCAAGCCCUGCCGUACCUGCCAUACCUGCCAUACUCGCCAUAUCCGCUCCCAUGCCACACCUUGCCAUACCCACUCCCAUGCCACACCUUGCCAUGCCACGCCUUGCCAUACCCACUCCCAUGCCACGCCUUGCCAUACCCACUCCCAUGCCACACCUUGCCAUACCCACUCCCAUGCCACGUCAUGCCGUACCUGCCACACCCACUCCCAUGCCACAUCAUGCCGUACCUGCCACACCCACUCCCAUGCCACGUCAUGCCGUACCUGCCACACCCGCUCCCAUGCCAUGCCCUGCCGUACCUGUCACACGUGCGCCGCGUUUCUUCGAGACGGAUGCUAAUGCCAGGACGAUGUUUCGGACAAAAGACGGGAGAUGGGUGUCCCCAUAUUGACGGUCUCAACUCUUCCACUGCUCCAGUGUGACACGGUAACUGUUCUACGUCACAUGAUCUGUCUGCUCACCUAUUGUUUAUGCGUGAGCUAUCACGGAGGGUGCACUCACCCUGACGUCAUGAACAGUAUGACAUUGUCCUCACGAUGUCAUCAUUACAUCAUCAACAUACCCUGAUCUCAUCACUAUGUGAUCAUCAACACUAUGUGUUGGCAUCACCAUGCCAUCACCAUCAUCGUGGGCCGUUGUCCCAGCACAGCGGAGUCUGCUUUGCCGCAGUAGUGUGCCAAAGUGGGCACACCUGCACGCUUUCUCAAAGGUGUACGUUGCAAGGAAGAGGCUUUCGAUUGUUUUUUUGAAAAUACCUUCAAUCCUUUGCAUACCGGAGUUUGAACCGUAUACAACUCACACUGUGUGUGUAUACUUCUGUAGCCGCCUGUGCAUUUGACCAACCAUCCAUCUGUUGUUUGUCCGUUCGAACUGUGCAUAGUUUAUGCUGUGUGCCUUGACCAGUCUUGUUUGCUUAUACAAUCUGCCCUCCAAGAGGAGGAGGUGCUGUGCUGUAUGGACUGUGGACAUGAAACAUUGUGUCGCUUUUGCUCUGUCUGGCCCCCUGGCACAGGCUGUAGGAUGUUCCUGUGUGCCGUGUGCACAUACACACUUCGCUGAAUGGCUGGGCCAAUUUAUAGAUCUGUUACAAGUAAUAGUCACUGGACUUCAAGUCUCUUCUUUUCUUUUAUUUAUAGAAUGUUUUUAAUGUGACUGUCGUCCGCCUUAUCACUAUGUCACAGUAUGUGGCCAACACGCAGAGUUUUGCCUGCAGUUUUGUACUGUCGUAUUGAAGUACAUGUAGCUGCACAUACUUCUGACACUGCUAUGCCAUUUUGGUAGUGAUGUAGGUCACUAAGGUGUGCUCAUCUAUAGUAGAGGCUGCUGGCCUAGCGCCUAGCGCCUGUACACACACCUUUACUGACUUCUUUUCUGACACACUCUGGGAAGACUACAAAAUUAAUCCUUC